CCGCGGCAUGUGGGAUCCUCCUGGACCGGGGCACGAACCCGUGUCCCCUGCAUCAGCAGGCGGACUCCCAACCACUGCGCCACCAGGGAAGCCCAAGAGCAGGUGUUUUUAAUGGGGGGACUUGACGUGGGGGGCGGCGUCUGCUCCAUCAGCCUGGACUAAAGGCAGCACAGAGCGAAUGGCAGGACAGACCCCAGCCCGGGACCCCCAGGCCCUGGGCCAGUGGGCGGAGGGGCUUCUCGCCCCCCAGCCCCAAGCGCGCCCUCUGUGGAACCUGAACCAGCCCCCCUCACGUGCAGCUCCACCCUGCAGCUGUUUUUGUUAAGAAAAAAGUGUUUUUAGAGGUGACUUUUAUGUGUUUGGGACAGAUUAUAAUUGUAGUUCCCACCUUUCAGAAUAAAAACCCGACUCACGAUUUACUUCCGGGGUUGUGCAGGCCGGUGUGUUUCCCCGGUUACGUUAGAAGUGUGGCACCGUGAGCGCUGAAUCGCGUGGGCUGUCGCGUUUCGUGUGGUUUUAGCGUUAGGACGUUUACUUGCAGUCUGUUUGCUCUCUGGAUCCAUCACCCGCCAGAGGCACCUGCACCCAGUACUGCCUGUGUCACGGCUUUUAGUGCCCCAGCUGGGUGUUUUCCACACACCCUCCCGUGAUGACAACAGGGCCAACGGCACAAAACUGUUAAGACCGAGGGGUCCUGACCAGCCUGGCCGCCCCAGAGGCACCCUUGCCAUUCCGUCUCUGGGUGAAAAUACUGGAAAUCGAAUUCGGGUCUUAUGAGGACAGGAUGAGAUGGCGGGUGGGAGGGCCGUCCGAGCUCUGGGGCAGGACUGGCUCACCCAGACCCUCUCUGCUCAGUCCUUCUUCCUGGAAGCAGCAGCAAACGGUGGGAAACUGGCGGAGGAGGGAGUGAGUCCAUCAGAUCCUGAUCCGGGUGGGCCGAGCCGUGGGGGUUCCUGACGAAAAGUCCAGUUGGACCCCGAGCCCCGGGCGUGGUUUGGCUGCGCUUGGCCAGCAGCACGGCCUCACCUAUCCACCUCGAUUUGCAGGCCCCGGACCGAGGGUCUGCCGGCCUCCAGGAGGGCCAGACCCUGAGCUCCGGGACAUGGCGCUCCAGCGCGCCGUCCUCCUGGCCAGCCUCCUGGUGGAAGUUGCCAGUAGAUCCUCAGGAAGUGCGAGCUGCCCCCACUGGCACUGGCCACAGCUAGUGGGGCGGACAGAGACGCCCACUUCAGGCUCAGACUCGGCCAGGUCAUGGCUCUCCCAAGCCGGUGACACAGGUGUGCCAGGCUGUGGUUUCUGGAGGUGCCCGGCCAUGUGUGCACACACCCAGCUGCUCGUCCUCCAGGAUGGUCCCAGCCCAACACUUCGGUUGUUGGUUCAGUCACCAAACGCUCGCCGGACACCAAGUGCUGUCCCAGGGAGCGUCUGUGCGGUGUGGCCGUGCGUCCUCACCUUGCUCUGGGUCAGCGAGGCACAGUCACCGGACGCUGACUACAAGAGGCCAGAGCCCCAGGGCCAGCAGCCCAAGUGUUGUGUGGACGUGGUGGACACCAACGCCACCUGCCCAGGCACUAACCUGUGUGGCCCAGGCUGCUACGGGCACCGGGCCGAGGACGGGACCGUCAGCUGCAUCCGCUGCAGGAACGGGACUCACAACAGCUCCGAGUGCAGAGGCUUCGCUGCCUGGGGCGCGCACUUCCCCAUGAACAGGAGCACGGGGAUGCCUGGGCGGCCGAGUUUUGGGGGCCCCCAGGUGGCAGCCUCCCUCUUCCUGGGGACGUUUCUCAUCAGCUCGGGCCUCAUCCUCUCCGUGGCUGCAUUCUUCUACCUCAAGCGUGCCAGUAAGCUGCCUGACGUCUUCUAUGGAAGAAACAAAGCCCCCAGCCUGCAGCCUGGCGAAGCUGCCGCGAUGAUUCCCCCACCUCCGUCCUCAGACCGUGUUCCUGCCACCGUGUGGAGGUCUGGAAUGGGGACAGGUGAGGACAUCCUCCUCCUUGGGGACAGAGAAGUCCCUCGGUCAAGGCGGGAUCUGCCCUGUCCAGUGAGACACUUGUCUGAUCUCUCCAAAGCAGCGCCAUGUCCAAGCACAAGUGCGGAAGCCGCGCUACGUCCGGCGCGAGCGGCCCUCGGACAGGGACGUGGGCCCCACUGCCGUCUCUUCCGUGGAGGCCCGGGUGAGCAACGUCUGAUCCCGCGGCCCAUCCACAGCCCCGCGUGCUGCUGAGGGGGGGCCCACACGAAGGCUGGGCGCUGCCCAGCGAGGCCUCAGGACAGGCCUGCACACGGCCCUGGCUCGUCCCUCUCUAGCCACAGAUGUGGAGUGAGAGCCACCUGCCCGCAGGCCUUCCUCAGAGCACACAGCCGCUCAGCGUGACUGACCCGGGGCAGCACUCCAGCCUCUGGCCCUGAGCCGGGCCAGGGAACCAGGCCGCGUGGGGUCCAGGCUCCUCGGGAGAGACGACCUGCAGGACCCGGGUGCCCCUCCACCUUGGAGCCCAUGGUGGGCAGACCCCCCGCACCCCCUCUGAGAGCAGUGAGGCCGAGGCCUUUGCGGGGUCCGGCCGCAUCCACACACAGGCAGUUUGGGGCCUGCAAACCGGCCCCCGGGCUCAGGCGCCCGCAGGGCUGUCCUGCACGGCCACAGCUGCCCACUUCCAGGCGCUGCAGGAGUGAGUCACCUGGCCUUCUGCUGACUCUUACUUGUGCUUAAGCAGAAAGCACUUUGCAUAGAAGUCCAAGAGGCACGCUGCCGUCGUCUGCACCCCGCCUGGGCCCCAGGCACUUGAGGUCCUCAUCCGCCUUGGGAUGGACACUGGCCCGAAGCUGCUGGAGGUCGAGACCCCCCAGGGACGUGUCAACCCGGGGCCACGUUUACCUGUGACUGCCGCCUGGACUGGCUGUCUCGCUGGACCUGCCGAGGGCCGCCCUGGCCAGCAGUCCUGUCCCGCUGCCCCUGCCCCGAGGUAGCAGCCCGUGUUCCCUGCCUCGGCCGGUUGCGGAGGGACGGCUCUGGGUUCCUGUGGAAAUGGGGGAGCGUCGGGGUGCCCACUGAGCACGGGCAGGGUGCUGCCUGGCCUCCCCAGAGCCUCCACGGGGACUGACGUUUUCUCCUCCGGUGUCUGGUCCAUGUCCGCGGGGCCCACGGCAGGGCCUGUGUGGCCAGCCUCCUGCUUUCUGCACUGGGAUUCCCACUGCGGUGUUUGUGGUUUAUGGACACAAGCUCGGUCGCCAGGACAUGAACGAUGACUGACCGGCAGCUGAGAGGGGCGGCCACCUGAAAUCAGCGUCAAUAAACCACUCAGGCCCUU